AUGUACUGUAAUUCUCAACUCUCAAAAUAUACUUAUCUAGCCCAAUCUUUGGUCACAUCUUCAUCUCCCUCUUUCCUUUUUCUCUUCAAUCAAAAAAAUUCGGAUAAUGUCUUCACUCAUUUCACCACCACCUUCAUUUCUCACUAUUCCUUCACACAAAACUCAUUUCUUCUGUUCCAUUCAUCACUUCCUCCCACUUCAACUUCCACCAAGGAACUUCAAAUUCCAACACAAAUGGAAAACACUAGAAUGCAAAGUUACAACGAAUUUAGAUGCUCCACCGUCAACGUCAACGGCGUUAGCGAAAGAACCACACAAAUAUUGAUGCAGUUGGCGUUUUUACUUCUUAUUUGCGGAAUGGAUCUUCAGCACCUACUGUACAGUUGUGAAAAGCAAACGGGGAAAGAUGUAAGCUGAUUUAGCACGACCUGG